CCCGUAUAAGGUGAACACCCAGGGACUGAUAGGCACAAGAGGAAACAGUAGAAUACCAAAAAAUAAUUCUUCCUAGUUUAUUUCAAGAGGGUCUUGUAUGCAAAAUUGUUUAAUCCUCUCACAGACUGAUAUUCUUAUCAUGGACCUUUGGGAAAGCAUGAUUAUUGUUUGCUCUUGUGCUAGACUUACAAUGCACUUUAUGGGUUAUUGUGAUUGACCAAAGUAAUUAUGAAAUCUUCUGAUUUUCCUAUAUUAUCUAAUUCUUUUUUGUUUUAUGGGAAUGAUUAUAUAAAUCUGACUGAUUCUAUUGGUGGUGGGUCAAAAUUAAUUUUCAAAAUCUAUUAAUGAACUAUAAUAUAUUUCCAAGUUUAUUCAAGUGUUAAUUUCAUAUUAACAUAAGAAACAAAAACAGAUAUGGUUUACAGGUAAGAAAAUUUGUAUUUUUGCUAACUUGCUAUUGUACAUCCUCUAGAAAUUGGCUGAACUGGAGGAAGAAAUGAUGAGGCAUGACCAGGAUAUGCUUCAACGUGCAGGCAAGCUGGCACCAGCCUCUACAGCCAGCACUGAUGCCCAGCCUGCCCAUAUCCCUCCCCCUACCAUGUAUGCCUCCCAAGAAGGAGCACCUGUGCCUUCACCGCAGGCACCUCAGACAGCUGAAAACAACAGCUACAACAAUUACCAGCCACCAGCACCACAGCUUCCCAUCCAGGAAUUCUACACAGCCCCUACGUAUGAGCCAACACCCCCCAGCAGCCUGGCACCAGCUGAGGGAGUGCCCAGCCCAGGACAGAAAGCAGUGUCUCCCCCUGCUGGAUCACCCUCCCAGUACAGCACACUGGCCUCCCCCCACCCAUUCACCCGGUCUCACUCCCAGUCCAGCAUUGGGGCUCCACCCAUUCACCCGCCUCUUCAGGGUAUCAGGUCAUCCCCCACCGGCUCUCCCCGUGAUCCCGCUCCAGAGCCCCUCCCCAGGAAGAAGAAGUUGCCGCCACCUCCUCCUAGCAAGCCCCACCAAAUUCCUGGAGAUUCUGCAGAACGUUCUGAAGCAAUAAGAUUGAGCCGAAUGCCUACAAGCAACCCCACCAGUGUAUCACCCCAGCAGCAGGAAAACCAAGGAGAAGCUGUUUCCCCAUCAGGUCAGCAGAUGUCCAAACAGACUCUCCUAGCGCUCUCUGCCAUCCCCAAGCCUCGCCUCACAGACAAUGAAAGCUGGAUCACCAAGAAGAAACCAGAGUCGCAAAGAAGAGAUUACAGUAAACAUUGGCUUCACCAGGAGGCAGAACAGAGAAGACUGGAGCAGCAGGACAGAGUCAACCGCCAGCAACAGGCACGAGCACCAGCAGCAAAGACUCUGCCACCUCAGUCAGUCUCCCCUCAGCAUCCUGUGGAGAAAUCAAGCCACAACAUAUCAGCCUCACAUGCCCACACAGGCACCUAAUGGUGACAAAGCUCUUCCAGACUCCAUUAUCCACAACAUAACACAGAGAGUCAAUAAUAAAAACAGCAAGAAUACCUACUCCAAUACUAAUGGAAGACUAGGAAACACCUACGGCAAUAACAACUACCGUGAUGAGAAUUAUCACGACUACAUGAAUGCCGAUGCCCUAAGUGCUCCUUCCGCCCACACUCCUCUCUACCAGUCUGGCAUGGGGCAAAGCCAACAGCCUCCAUUCAACUCUCAGUCACAGGACCAUUCGAGUGGACAAGAUCAGAGGCUGCUCAGUGUCUCUGGGAAAAAGAAGUGUUCGCACUGCUCAGAGGAACUGGGUCGAGGAGCUGCAAUGAUCAUUGAGAGUUUGCGACUCUUCUAUCAUAUUCCUUGCUUCAAGUGUUGUGUGUGUGGCAUACAAUUAGGCAAUGGGUCAGCAGGUGCUGAUGUGCGAGUACGCAAUCACAAGCUGCACUGCCAUAACUGUUACUCAAAUGAUGAAGGAAUGAAAUUCAGCAAGGUAUAGUUUUGAGCUAG